AUGCCCAAUUAUGUAAAGUUUAUGAAAGAUAUCUUUUCCAAGAAGAAACAACUUAGUGAGUAUGAGACUGUCGCUUUGACGAAGGAGUGUAGUGCGUGUUUACAGAACAAGCUACCUUCAAAAAUAAAGGAUACUGGAAGCUUUACAAUACCUUGCAACAUUGGUGAAUUAUAUUGUAGUAAAACUUUGUGUGGCUUAGAAGCAAGCAUCAACUUGAUGCCCAAAUCUAUUUUCAAGCUAUUGGGAAUAGGUGAAGUAAGACCCACUACUGUAACCCUUCAACUUGCAGAUCAGUCAUUGGCAUAUCCUGAAGGAAAGAUCAAUGAUGUUUUGGUAAGAGUUGAUAAAUUCAUUUUUCCUACUGAUUUCAUUGUUUUGGAUUUUGAAGCAGACAAAGAAGUUUUGAGCAUCCUCGGGAGACAUUUCCUAGUCGGGAAGAACGUUGAUAGAUGUGCAAAAAGGCUAACUCAUGAUACGAGUUCAAGAUAA